AUGUCCGAACCCGACGACAAUCCCUCGCGCAACGAGGCGCCGGACAUCAAGAUCCUGGGCGACAAAAUCUCCUUUCAGCCCAGCGGCGUCGAACUGCCCACCCGCACCGCCCUCGACAAGGACGACACCCGCGAGGAGGCCCUUAUGAAGCCCAUGCACAGCUUCCGCGCCGAACCCCUGCAGUUCCUGCGCCAGGUGUCGCUCUACGUCUCGGGCACCGGCUGGCGCGCCUACGACAAUGUCAUCGGCCAGCCCAUUUUCUACUCGGGCUUCUCCGAGAACAUGAAGACGGCCGUGCUGUCCGCCCCGCUGCUGCGCCGCCGCAUCGCCGAAAUGGCUGAGCUCGAGGUCGCCCGCGAAGAACGCGCCGGAUGGCUGCCUGCUCCCGAUGCGCCCGACUACAGCCAGAAACGCACGCGCCGCCGCGUCCAGAUCGCCUCGUGGCUCGCCGACCUCGCCGAGCAGUGGACCGACAGGAUGAUCUGCAAGUUUGAGAGCAAGACCUUUAUCCGCGGCGCCUACUACCUUGUCACGCAGCUCCUCACGCGCGCCUACCACCAGGGCAUCCACGUCGCCAGCGAGGACGUUGUUAUGCUGCGCAAGGUCGCCGAGCGCGCCCAGCACGCCAAGCAGAGCAUUGUCUUUUUGCCCUGCCACCGCUCACACGUGGACUACGUCGGCCUGCAGCUGAUUUGCUACCGCCUCGGCAUUGCGAUGCCCGUUGUCGUGGCCGGCGACAACCUCAACUUCCCGCUGGUCGGCAGCUUUCUGCAGCACGCCGGCGCCAUGUACAUUCGCCGCUCCUUUGGCGACGACAUGCUGUACACGACGCUCGUGCAGACGUACGUUGACACGAUGCUGCAGGGCGGCUUCAACCUCGAGUGCUUCAUCGAAGGCGGUCGCUCGCGCACCGGCAAGCUCCUGUCGCCCAAGUUUGGUAUUUUGGGCUUCAUUCUGGACAGUCUGCUGUCGGGCCGUGUCGACGAUACCAUCAUCAUCCCCGUCAGCACGCAGUACGACAAGGUCAUUGAGACCGAGGGCUAUGUCACCGAACUUCUGGGCCAACCAAAGAAGGCCGAGAACUUGUCCGAUUUCCUGACGGGUGGCUCGUCCGUGCUGUCGCUCAAGCUCGGCCGCGUCGACGUGCGCUUCCACGAACCCUGGAGCCUGCGCAGCUUUAUUGACGAGCAGCUCGUCCGCCUCACAGGCCAGCCAUCGGCACCACGGCCCACGCCUGCUCAACCACGAGGCGGCCGCCGUUCGUCCCGCACCAAGUCCACGACCAAGUCUGCAACGGGCCCAGGUCUCAAAGAGACAGCUGCAUCCGAUGCGUCGGCGAGCACACCACCACCCAACCCCUCUGCGCCGCCCUUGGACCCGGCUGUACGGCAAAAGCUGCUGCGCACGCUUGGCUACAAGGUCCUGGCUGACAUCAACGACGUGUCUGUUGUGAUGCCGACUGCGCUGAUCGGAACUGUGCUGCUGACUCUUCGUGGCCGUGGCGUUGGCAAGUCCGAGCUAAUCCGCCGCGUCCAGUGGCUGACGACGCGCAUCCGCGCCAAAGGUGGCCGCGUCGCCCACUUCCACUCGGCCUCGCUGCCCGACAUUAUCGACCGCGCUCUGGAGGUCCUCGGCAAGGAUCUGGUAGGCGAAAUAGGCGGCCUCGCCGAGCCCGUCUACUACGCCGUCGACCGCUUCCAGCUCUCCUUUUACCGCAACAUGACCAUCCAUCUCUUCAUCUCCGAGGCCCUCGUCAGCGCCGCCAUGUACACGCGUAUCAAGCAGGGUGGCGGGCCUUCGAACCAGGACAUUCCGUACGAGGCCUUGUACGACCAGGUCAUGUUCCUAUCGACCCUCUUCCGCGGUGAGUUUAUCUUUGCUAGCGAGGGCCUGGAGGCCAAUCUGGACCGCACGCUGCGGGGCCUCGAGGCCGACGGCAUGCUGCACCUGGAGCGUGAGCCUGCGGCUGCAGACGGCGCGCCGGGCAAGAUUGUCAAAGUCGGCUUGUCGGAUCUCGAGCGCACCUCGGGCCGAGAGAGCUUUGAUUUUUACUGUUUCCUGAUCUGGCCCUUCAUCGAGGCCAGCUGGCUCGCCGCUGUGUCCCUCAUGGGCUUGACACCGCCAGCCAGCGUCACGGACGACGUCUGGAUCGACGUGUCCAAAGCGCAAAACUCUGCGCAAUUCCUCGGCAAAACCCUGUACCACCAGGGCGACCUCUCGUAUUUUGAGGCUGUCAACAAGGAGACGCUCAAAAACGCCUACCAGCGCUUCCAGGAAGAAGGCAUUAUCCGGGUUGUCCGCUCCAAGGACGACCCCAAAGCGUCUCAACCGCGUCUGCAGCUCGACCCGGAAUGGCGCACACCGCGGGACCCGGCCAGCGGCGAACUGCGCCCCGAGGGCAGGCUCUGGGCCUUCACAGACAAGAUCGCCGCCAGCCGCCGGGAGGGAAAAAACCGGCGCGAUGGCGCUACGGUCAGCACGCGCGUGCUGGCACUCGCGGACAAUGUCGGCGCCCGCCUCUUUGACGAGGCUGUCAAGGCGGGAAACACAAGUGUCGCCAGUCCCGCUGGCACAAGCAGUACAACCAGCGCGGCCAGCGACAGCGGCAGCGAAAGCGACGGGACCGGCAAGGGCAAAGGCCGGCGGCGGCGGCGGACACUCGACCGACAGACGCCGCCACCAGCGCGGAUAUGA